AUGACACGCUCCGCUGCAUCUAGGAAGAACCAGAGCAAUCGGCAGGAGAAUGGCCUUGUCGGUCCCGGCAAGAAAUUAACUAAGCAAAAGUCAAGCGGCCAUCUGAACGGCAACUCGGGCAACGGCUCUGCUACCGGUCCGGGCGCGUCCGCUCACUUCGAUCUAUCCUCCGUACGGUCUGCUAGCGAUACGGCUUUGAUAUCUCCGACGGUUGCCGGCAAAGGAGGAGAUAGCACGAAGGCAGAUGGCAAUGUGCGUGGGAUGUUGAAUGGACAUAGCAAGGGUGGAGACAUGACAUCUGCGCAAGAAAACGGCGAUGUCGCCCAGAAUGGUGGCAUAGCAGGUCAUGUCUCUCGCAAUGGAACCUCGAAACGAUCCGGAUCCAAUGCUUCGAUUAAUCCGCUCCAGCUCGCAUCGACUAUCCUCAAAUCGUGCCCGAUGUACGACACUAUCGCCAUCUUGAUUUUUUUGCUCCAGCUUCCACCGAUGGUCUUGACCCUCGUUCAGUUCUUAUUCGCCUCCUUGACUUUCAUGCCUCCCAGUGGCGCCGCGGCCGGUUCUUUGUCGUCGAACUUCGAUAUUUUUCAGGGUCCGGCUGGGACGCCAUCUCUGGGGACAAUGAUUGCGAUGGAUGGGUUCUGCAUACUUCUCUGGGGCCUUUUCAUGUGGAACUGGGCGCAGAAAUUUGCCAUCGAUCUCGCUCAUGUCCAAGUUGCUAUCACCUUGGGUGGCGGGGGUUCCGGGAAGAACGGCGGGGUCAAUGCUCUCUGUGUCGGAAUUGUUCUGCUUCUUCAUCUUGUUCGCAGUAAAGGCAUCCAGGACUUUGUCUUGGGUCAUCUUGUCUCUGCUAAACUGCUCAGUCCCGAUCUUCUCUCCCAAUAUUCGCAUCUGCUACCCGCUGAGUUCCGACACUCCGAAGCACAAACGUCUCCGAGCUGGCUCCGCAGCCUUCUUGCGGUGCAUAUCCUCGCACAAGCUGGAACCGCCAUGGCGCGACGUUCGAUGGCCAAGAAUCGGUCACCGACACCGUUACGGACCGGCAAGCGGGGAGAUACGGAGGCUUCUGCGGGAUCACAAGGACAGGCAGAUUCUGCUCUGGAAUCUGCUGCCAGUGUUUCGUCUUGUUUCGUGGGACCUGAUGGUCAGUUGAAAGACGGAAAGGAUCGUUUCACGUCAGCUAAGAAACGCAGACGGCAAGCCAAUCAGGUUCGGAGCCGACAGCCGUUCUGGGCUGCGCUUGCCAGUACAAAAGUCACGGUGAUGAGGGAAUAUGAACAUUCGCGGGCUAUCUCCAAGACAGCCCGCAAUCUCACAAUGACGGAGGAAGAUCUCCAGGGGGUGUCUCUCGACGACGGGUUAAUAUGGAUUACGGAUGUGGAUAGCUCUUCGAUUAAAUUCGCCGCGGGUGAGUUUACCGAUGACCCCGCGGUGUCAGGUUCAUUUGAAGCCGGUCGUUUGGAAGGAGACAUGGAACCAUUCUACGUCUGCGUCAACGGUGCGCUUUGGGCUACCGCUUCGAUAUGCAGAGUUUCAGACGCCAAGGGACCGAGCGUUGUCCAAUGGCGGGGCGAGAUUGCUGGACUUGCUCCCAAUUGCGCAUACACAUGUGCAUUUGUACGAAGCGAUACCGACGAGGAAAUCUGUGUCAUGAGUGUCAAGACGCCUUCAACGACUGACACAGAGCAAGUCAUUUCCGCGGUAUCGACACCCCCACAGCCGACCUACCGUCCAUCGUCCCCCACAACGACGCUCAAGAACUCUAUCAGCAAUGCGGAAUCAAAGUUGAACGAAAAGCGCAAUCGUCUGAAAAAGACGAAGAACGACCAUAAAGCUGUUAUCUCGAAAAUCCGGAAAGAGCUCGAUAACUUCAAUGCUCGCCUCCAAAGCGGAAAUGACGAGAAUCGCCAAAAGCAGCGUUCGCUUCAACUUGAACGAAACAUCCGGCAGACCGAAGAGGCUACUGCGGUACUAGAGGUACAACUCGACACCAUGGAAAGCGUUCCUGAGGAGGAGAUGGAAGAGUGGGCGGCGCACAAAGCGGACUUCGAACGCGAGCUGGAACGUUUCAAUUCGACCAAGGAAGAGGUUGCUGCUGCUCGAACGGCUGCAGCUCAGCAGGUGGCGGCACUAGAGUUGGAAUUGACGCAGGCUGUUCAGAAGCGAGAGCGUCUCCAGGGUCGCCGCACCCGGGUGAACGAGCAGUAUGAGCGUAUCAUUUCAGCCAACGCACAAGGGUUGAAUGAGAGAGAACGUCGGGCCGCUGAACAAUUUGCCAGGGAACAGGACCAGUCAAAGAUGGAGAGCAAUUUCCACGAGCAAUUCGGGAGCAUCAGCCAAUCCGUGCAGGAUUUCCAGCUGCGCACGAGUCAACUCUGGCAGCAGGCAUCUGCAAUUGAGCAGUCCAUCCAGCAACAACAACAGCAAAUGCUCCUCGAGUCUGGUCCUCUCACACCCGAAGGCAACUUGCCGGGCACCAAUCCUCUGCCUGAGACCAGUGGUCCGUCGUUCAACGCAUCUACGACCACUGCACCUAGCGCUCGAUCUCUGAUGGGGGGUCUUAGCUUUCCUCAUGCGAGAUCUAGUCCACUACAGAUUUCGUCUUCUCCAGUCCACGAGAUGCCGUCAAAUCCAACUAGCCCAUCGCAAGACCUUCCCUUCCUCCCACAGUUUCCAAACUCUCCUGUCGGCAACGUGGGCUCAUACUUCGGGUCAGAAAUUAACCACCGAGACCGUUCGUUCUCCAACCGCUCCACUCGCAGCAGCCAAUAUGGCUCUGAAUUCUUGGACACGAACCACUUGCCACCUCUCCAGCUUGACCUAGCAGAAUUGCUUGGUGAGACCAAGACUCGGCCUGGGUCUGAUGGUUUCCUGCAUCAAGGUGGCCGUACGGUCCUGAGCCCUUUCCAGCGAGCAGUAAGCCGAGGUAGUGGCAGUGGCAGUGGUAGUGGCGGUAGUGGCAGUGGGACCGGCAGUCCGCACUCGGCACGAGACUAG